CACACCGACUCAGAGCAGACCUGACAACAAGCUAUCGGAUGUGAGCCUUUUGAUGAUAUGGGCGCUGCGCUGGCAUAUAAAUUCCUCGGAUAAGCUAGAGUCAAAGCCUUACAAAUAUCUCAUUGUCACUAAAAUUCUACUCUAAUCGGUUUCUGCAAUCUUGCUAUGCCGAGCAAUAAGCUUGAGAAACAUGACAAGCCGGAGGUCAGUGAUAAUGUUAAGGUGGUGGUCAGAUGUCGGCCCCUUAACCAGAAAGAGAAGGUGAUGGGCCACAAACAGGCCGUCAUGGUGGACGAGAUCCGUGGGACCAUAACGGUCAACAAACUGGAGACUCCCCAUGAGCCUCCCAAGACCUUCACCUUUGACACCGUGUUUGGACCGGACAGCAAACAGCUUGAUGUCUACAAUCUGACAGCCCGCCCCAUCAUUGAUUCAGUGUUAGAAGGAUACAAUGGCACCAUUUUUGCAUAUGGGCAAACUGGCACAGGGAAAACAUUCACCAUGGAGGGUGUGAGAGCAGUCCCAGAGCUCAGAGGGAUAAUCCCAAACUCCUUUGCUCAUAUUUUUGGUCACAUUGCCAAGGCAGAGGGUGACACAAGGUUUUUGGUCCGCGUUUCGUACCUGGAGAUUUACAAUGAGGAAGUGCGAGACUUGUUGGGCAAGGACCAGAUGCAGAGGCUAGAGGUCAAAGAAAGACCAGAUGUUGGUGUGUACAUCAAAGACCUCUCUGGCUACGUCGUCAACAAUGCUGAUGACAUGGACCGCAUUAUGACACUGGGCCACAAAAACCGGUCUGUUGGUGCCACCAACAUGAAUGAACACAGCUCCCGUUCUCACGCCAUCUUCACCAUCACCAUCGAGUGCAGUGAGAAGGGUGUUGAUGGAAACCAACAUGUCCGCAUGGGAAAACUCCACCUGGUUGAUCUUGCAGGCUCAGAGAGACAAGGCAAGACUGGGGCCACAGGUCAGCGCUUAAAGGAAGCCACAAAGAUCAAUCUCUCUCUCUCCACACUGGGUAAUGUCAUUUCCGCCUUGGUGGAUGGCAAGAGCACACAUGUGCCCUACAGGAACUCCAAACUAACCCGUCUGCUGCAGGAUUCACUCGGAGGAAACUCCAAGACCAUGAUGUGUGCAAAUAUAGGCCCUGCAGACUAUAACUACGAUGAGACCAUCAGUACCCUGCGCUAUGCUAACAGGGCUAAAAACAUCAAGAACAAAGCCAGAAUCAAUGAGGACCCCAAGGACGCCUUACUGCGCCAGUUUCAGAAAGAGAUCGAAGAGCUGAAGAAGAAACUGGAGGAAGGCGAGGAGAUCUCUGGCUCAGAGGGCAGCGGAUCAGAAGAGAUGGAUGAAGGUGAUGAUGAAGCAGUUGAGGCAGGAGAUGGCCAUAGGAGAAGAAGAGACAGUAGCAACAGUAGCAAUAGCUCAGAACUUGCCUGCUCUUCCUCAGUACCACCACCCACUGAGGACAAUUCUCAGACUAGGAGAAAGAAGGUUUCCCCGGACAAGAUGGUGGAGAUGCAGGCAAAGAUUGAAGAGGAAAGAAAGGCCCUGGAGGCAAAGCUGGACAUGGAGGAGGAGGAGAGGAACAAGGCAAGAGCAGAGCUGGAGAAAAGGGAGAAGGACCUGCUCAAAGCUCAGCAGGAGCAUCACCUUUUGCUAGAGAAGUUGUCCGCCUUAGAGAAGAAGGUGAUCGUAGGUGGCGUGGACCUCUUGGCCAAGGCUGAGGAGCAGGAGAAGCUCUUGCAGGAGUCCAACAAUGAACUGGAAGAACGCCGCAGGAGGGCAGAGCGACUGCGGAGAGAGCUGGAGGAGAAAGAGCAAGAGCGUCUGGACAUUGAAGAGAAGUACACUAGCCUUCAGGAGGAGGCUCAAGGAAAGACUAAGAAGCUGAAGAAAGUAUGGACCAUGCUGAUGGCUGCCAAAUCAGAAAUGGCAGAUCUGCAGCAAGAGCAUCACAGAGAGAUCGAGGGCCUCCUGGAGAACAUCCGUCAGCUGAGCCGCGAACUCCGGCUCCAGAUGCUCAUCAUAGACAACUUUAUUCCACAGGAAUACCAGGAGAUGAUAGAGAAUUACGUGCACUGGAAUGAAGACAUUGGAGAAUGGCAGCUGAAAUGCGUGGCGUACACUGGCAACAAUAUGAGAAAACAGACCCCCGCCCCAGACAAAAAAGAAAAGGAUCCAUUUGAGGUGGACCUGUCCCAUGUGUAUCUGGCCUACACAGAGGAGAGCAUGCGGCAGUCAUUGAUGAAACUAGAAAGGCCCAAGACUUCUAAAAGUAGCAAGAGUGGCCGACCCAAGACUGGGCGAAGGAAAAGAACUGCAAAGCCAGAAGCUGUGAUCGAAUCCCUUCUGCAGUGAAGACACCGUAGAGGAGAGCUUCAUUUCACUACAACUUUGACAUAACCUUAGGAAAAAGAAGUCAGUAGUUGAGUCUGAAGAAUUUAUUGUUGAACAUUAUUUAAAAGAUUAUCUGAAUACACUGUAUAGCUGACAAGGUUUUAAAUGUGAAGGAGCAGUUGUUCAGGGAGGAUUAAGACCUCUUGGCCAAGAGGACCUGUUAUUUGUAUUAUAGCUUAAGACUUCUUUGAGGAUCUCCAACAUUUUAAUGUUGCUUUAGAACACAUUUCAGCAGCAGCAGCCUGUUUAAAUUAAGCACCAUUAGCAUUAAGGGGAAAUCUACCAUAAGCAUAUUUCACUUGCAGCACCAGUAGUUUUGAAAAUGAUCAACGCUCUGAAAGAAGCUACAGAUGGUUGAAAAUAGAAUUGUCAACAUGACCUAAAAACUGGAUCUUCUACUGAAAGUUGUGCAGUUUUACAUGCUACAUGAUUCGUGAUGAACACACACAGGUCAAGUCUCCAAUGUUGCACUAAUUUCAUGCUUUCUGAGAAACUGGUCACAGUCCAAGUUGUAACGAAAACAUUAUAAGUGAAUUCUAAUGAAGGGUGCACUUUAAAUUAAAUUAUUCUACUCUGAGCAAACGCCGUAGCCUCAGUCUCUUCCCUAUAGAAGACAAGAAAUAAUGGGGGCGGGGGGGCAAUCAGAGGAGAGUUUGUAGUAUCAAGUAUGUAACUGAAAAGUGCGCUUUAUACUUUUUCCUGUAGGUCAGAAGCAUAGGGGGUAUGCAUGCCAGUAUGUUAGUGCCAUUUGCUAAUCUAAGCAAGUCAUCUUUUAUUUUUAAAUGUCAGAACACUUUGCUUUAUAUUGAGAUACAUACUGUUUGCCUCAGUAUAAUGCACUAGUAUGAGGUUUUUGUGAGCUAAUUUAAUCUUACAAUGUUCUGUAGUGGAGGCAAACUGACUUUUUUUGUAUCAUAAUGUAUGUCAAAUGUUUACACCCACCAAACCCCUGGAUAUUUUAUUUAUUAAAUUAUUUGACAUGUUUUAUCUCA